AUAAAACUAGGCGUCUAAUCAGUGAUCCUAAGAACCAGCAUCCUUUGUCUUUCGUCCCACCUCACCUUCAGAUCACGUGACCCUCCUGAGUAAAAAGCUUGUUGAUUGGCUGCGUUAUGCGAGCAUCCUUCAGGGAGGCGGGGCUUCCUCUGGAGGAUUCUUCACAGGGCCGAGGUCACGUCAGCCGGUGCCGAUAGCCGAGCUGGACGGCACGGUGUCGGGGGACUUCUUCACGGUGCUGUGUGUGGGGCAGAGCUUCACGGAGGACCAGUGGAUGAACGUCUUCUCCUUCUCCGCGCUGCGCCACUGGCUGCUCACCUACCACUCGGUUUCUAACGGCAACGGCACAGCGGACACUGCUCACAGGCUGCAGCUCAGCCUCUCCCUCUCCCACUCCCACUCCUUCUCUAAUGAUGACCGUUCGGAGGUGGAUGGAUCGGUGGUUUCCAUGGUUUCUGCGACUUCCUCCUCCAGCCGCCUGCUGCCUCCGAAGGAGCGUCUGAGAGAGAAAUCCUUCCAGUACUGCCAGCGCCUCAUCGAGCAGAGCGACCGCAGUGAGUGUGUGUGU